CGUCAAUAAAACAAGAAGAAGAAGAAGAAGAAGAAGCCAGAAGAGGACGAUGAACGGAUCCGAACUCCACUAAGAGCCGAAGGGUAUUUUGCAUUGUGUGCAGCUCCUGGGCCCUGAACAAGCUGCUGAAGAGAUCUCAAGAUGUUCCUCAUUGACCAUCGCAAAGGCUGCAUCCUUUUAGCUGGCUGAUCUGAAAUCCCAGCACUGACUUUGAGCAAAGUUCACGGUGUUGUUGUUUGGACUAUGUGCUGUACAUGUAUAUCCACAAUACCAAUUGCUUUGGCCAUAAAUCUAUCACAUUUCCUUAAUUAAAACUGCUGACCAUCAUGACUCAUCCCAUGUAUAAUCCAUUUGCCUCUGGGGAUGUAAAUGCCUCUCCGGGACAAUAUGGACUCUCUACUGGACAGACACAGGGGACCAUAUGGAGGACUAUACCUAAUCUCGGACCUGGAUCCAGCAUAAGCUUCCCUGGACAGUCAUUUGAUGGAUCUAGUUUGCCUGCAGUCAACAGGCCUGAACCAGGUCCAACCACUUCAAACAUUCAUUUACAGAGUACCUUCAAUAUUUCUGCCAGAAAUCAAAUAACAUACCAAUCUUUUGGUCAAGGUGCCACAACAGAGUCAAGCUUUUCUGUCUCAUCAGCUUCUCAAUAUCAUCAACAAUCCAAUGUUUGUGAAGGGAAUAGUUCUUUUAACUGUUUCCCAGAUUCCAGAAGUUCUAAUAAAGAUAAUUCCUCAGAGUCUUCUUUAAAUCCUUAUUAUUAUGCAGCUCAACCAAUCGGCCAACCUCUAUCCCAUGAGCUAGUGCUCACACCUUGGCUAGCAGAAAAGAUUUUAUUGCACUAUGGAUUUCAAAAAGAAGACUUGAAUGAACUCAUAAAUUACCCGGACGAGGAAACUACAGCUGAGAAGCUACCCUACACUUUACAAAAGAUUCGUAUGAAGAACGCCAACAGAGCUUUACCUGCAGCCACGUCAGACUCUAUGUCUCAACCAAGUUCAAGUGGAAUUGUUAGUUUGAAAAAGCCAACGAUAUUACAUGAUGAACCCCCAUCGAUCACUUGUCAUACAUCUGGGGAUGAACAUACAAAUGUUGAGGAUAAGACUGUUGAGAACUUUCUCAGUAAGGCUCAGAGUUGUGGAUUCACUGUGCUGGUGAACAAUGAGACUAGCAGUCAGGCUGAAAGAGUGCCUAAACAACACCUAGAAUUAAACACCAGUAGUUCCAUUUCUUCACAUGACCAGCUGGGCUCUACUACCUGCUUGAGCUCAACAAGGAAUAUUGUAGCUCCGGCCCAGCAGGUGGAGACUCAAUCAAACCAGUCUUUGCAAUCAAGCAUCCCUGCCUUUUCUCUACAAAAUAAAAGCAGGGACAUUGUAUCACCAAAGUUUGGCCUCGAUGGGUCUCCACCUGUAAAAGCACCAACUCACCCAUUUACAUCAAAAACACCAAAUAAUAUAAGCCACUGUGUGCAUUUAGGGGGACCUGUCCUUGUUCACACAGAAAGUAAAACCCAAGACCAAAAGUCAAAGAUGGCACCGCAGAAGCACCUGCAGAAGCAGUCCAAAUUGCAGAUCACACAAGCUGUGCAGCCUGCAGAGCCCACUACUUUGAGACAAGUUACUGCUCCCUCUUUCACCCCCACUGUUGUAGAAGUUUCACAUCCGAUUCUACAUUCUGGCAACAAUGUCGUUUUUUCAUCUGUCCCAACCGUGGAUCUGGUCAAGACCACUGAUACACAAGGAUCUAAGCACCAGUCUCCAGUAAAACCUCCGACCUUCAAGGGUCUGCCGUCACUAGCCAAGAUGCAUGACUGUACUGUGAGCAAACCAAGGAAGUUUCCACAUACUUGUUCUUUAUGCAAGACAAACUGUUCUCAAUUGAAGGAUUGGACGGACCACCAGCAAACCAGUCUACACGUUGGGAACUGCAAACGUCUUCGGGAACAACACCCAGAGUGGGAUGGCAAAGUACCAGGGCAAAGUGAUGCCAUUAGAAGUGCCAAGAUUUCUUCCUCCUCUCCUGACCACACUGCCCAUGAUCAUAAAAAGAAAACCAGUGAUGGGGCUCAUUCCCGGUCUUCCUCUCACAGCCCACGCCGACGCUGCAGCUCUACCCAUAGAAGUACCACUUCCAGCAGUAGUUCUAGAUCUAAAAGUCCUCACAAACGGCGCAGUUAUGAGCGUAGAAGAACUUCCACCAGCAGUAGUUCUUCCUCUAAAAGUCCUUAUCGACGCCGUAGUUCUAGGUAUAGAAGGGCCAUUACUAGCAGUAGUUCUCGCUCUAACAGCCCUCGUCGACACUGCAGCCCUGAAGGUCGAAGGGGAACACGGAGCAAUAGGACACAAUCACUUCACAGCACCAGGCACAGUCGCAGGUCUCGGUCUAGAUCUACAUCUCCACAGCACAACCGCCGUAUUUUCUCCAACUAUCAGAGACAUUCAAGUGAUUGGGAGAGAGGGUCACCAAAAGGAAGGUUUAAGACUUUUGGUUUACCAAGACGGAGCUCUGAUAUACCAUCGUCUCCAAGGAAAAAUACUGAGAAAUUGCGGCAUCCUUCCAACAGGCCCAUCCUUGCUCCUGGCGCAAGGAUGGUCCAAGAGCAACUCUCACGUACUAGAGAACGAGAACAUAGUGAUGAAAAACAGCAGUCAAGCAGGAGCCCCAAUCGAUGGUUGUCUCCAAGAAGUGAGGAGAGAAAGAGGUCACGAGGAAGGAGCCGUGACCGACAACGUUCACCAAGAAGGAGCAGUGAGCAACAGUUGUCUCCAACAAGACCAGUAAGGUCAUUAUGUCAUGACAAACAACGUUCACCGCAGAAGAAUCACAAGGCACAGUCAUCGCCAAAAGGAAAUGAUGGGAAGCAGUGCUUAUCCAACAAGCGCGUGGAGCGGUCUUCAGUAAGUGCAAGCCAUAGGCGGCAGCUUUUCCUGGAGGAAUCUCUGAAAAAGAAGCCAUGCAGUGAACAAAUUCUAACAAAGCAACUCAUGAAUUCAGCUUCUUUCGUGCCAGAGCAGCUAAACACUGCCAGUGUGUUUGCGUCUUCGGCUAGCACUGUACUGGCUGAGCAAGCUAAAAAACGGGCAUCUUCAUCAUCACAAUCAUCAUCAAUGACCAACAAGAUGGAUGCUUCCACAUCAUCAGUAGGCAACAACCUAAGAUCUGCUUCCUCGUCAUCUUCCUUCAAUCCAACAAAGUUGAUGCUGGACAGAAAUUUUAAUCUGGUGCAACCUAACCUUCCAAGGAGUGAGGAACGCUCUACGACUAUACCCAAGCCUCCAUUUGCUCAUCGCAAUAAACCAUCACCUCCAACCAUGUUGAGGCUCAGAGGCAAUUUUGAUACUCUCUCCCAUGGUGAUGUGAUCGCAGCCAUGGAGUCCUUUGGAAAGACCAAAUCCCUUUUACUGUUUAAGUCUAAACAAGAGGCGACUGUGUGUUUUGAAAAAGAGGAAGAUGCUGCCAAGGUUAAAGGUUCAAAAAACCUUGAGAUAAAAGGAGUUUCCCUCACAUUUGUUGCAAAGCAGGACAGAGUUUCAGAGGCACCUUUAUCUGCGUCUCCAGGGGAUCAGAAAAAUCUUAAAAAGCCCGCUGUGCCCUGUCAGUCUGUUUCUGCUAGAAACUUGGUUCUCCUGCCACUUAAAACGCUUUUGUCUAUCAAAAAAAAGUCCAAAAAGAGCACAGCAGUCAAGCUUGUGAAAAAAGCCAAAGUCUUGGCUUCCAAAGGAAAGUGUGUCUCCAAGAAGCAGGUGGUUCAAACUGUGAAAACAGUCAAUGUGGCAGCAAAACAGCCUGUAAAAUCAGCUAAAGACAAGAAAGAAGCUCCAAAGCUGGAAAAGACACUCAGUCCCAGCAACCUUGGACAAAAAUCAAAAGGCAAGGAAGAGAUCCCAACUGCAACAAAACUAAGGCUGAAAGAAAAUAAUGACUUUUCUGUGGGUAAAGUGAAAAAAAUAUCAGAAACAAAAAUACUGCAGGGUGAAAAUCUUCCACCCAGCAGCAAGAAAACGGAAGAAGUUGAAGCAAAACCAUCCGAGUCUGACAGACAGACUCUCAAGGCCAAAAUCUCAACAACAAACCUUCAAGAACUUGUUGCACCUACGCACUCUGAAACAACAAAGCAAACCCAAAUGAACACAGUUAGUAGUGAGAUAGAAAAUGUGAAAAAUGGUCAGUUGGGAACAAGUGGAGCGCCAGAGCCAAUAAAUAUGGAAGAACAAAAACUUAAAGUUGGGACUGCAGCGGGGGGAUUUUUAACAGGUUUGCCUCUGAAACGAAUGGCCAGUGAAAAUCCAGAGACCUCUGUCCAAAUAAAAACUUUGGCGAAUCCAGAGUCGACUGCACAGAAUCUGAAGUCCAACGAAAAGCAGACAGAACCACCGACGGCAGGAAGCUCUGCUGGAGCUUCAAUCAGGAUGGAAAGAAAUCAAACAGAUCCUGGAAAGCCACCCAGUCCAACCAUUGAAACCACAACAGAAGAGAGUGAAAAGCAGCUGACUGUUGGGGAGAGGAUUGUUCCUGAUUACCUGAAUCAACUAACCCUAAACAGCAAAGACUUUGUUCUGGCAUCAAGCAUCCUGAAGCCCAGGCCGUUGAACUUUGUUUACCCAAAGCUGCUGCUAAUCACCAACCUGCCCUCGUAUGACAGCUGCAGCUACACUGAGAAGGACAUUUUGGAUCUGCUCUCUACAUUUGGAUUUCAAUACUCAGAUGACAUGAUUUUUAUCUUUCCUCAAGGCUGCAUGGCUUUUGUGCUGAUGCCCAGUAAGGAGUCAUUGAUGGACCUGGUUAAGGCGUCGGCAGAAAACCACCUCAUCUUCAAACAACACAAACUUUGUUUGUAUGUCGUGAAAAAAUACAUUUCAAUGACACUGUCUGGCCUUUAUGGAUUGAUCAUGACUCUAGCAUCUUUUAAUGUUGCGAUGUCAAAUGUGAUCUUCAUCAAGAACAUUUCCCCGAGCGACGCCAUCACUGUCAGAGAGGCUUUGAGAAAGAUUGGCGGCGUCAGAAACAUCCUGCCUCUGCUCAACAAGGUUUUCAUUGAAUUCAAAUCCGUUUAUGACGCCGAUCGCCUCGGGGUUUGGUACAGCCUCCUGAAGGUGGGCUUUACUCACAUGAUUGUACAACGGCUGAUUGUACCAAGGGGCUUCGAGGAAUCACAACCACCAUUACUGCCACUGAAAGCACUUCCAGACCAAGAUGUGAUCAUUGCUGGGGCAGAAACACCAACAUUGAAAUAUGGCAUCCCUGUAGGCACAUUUUCGCCGUUUUGGGUGACCAUGACAACACAACCCUAUGUUUUUCCAACUGCCUCUCCUUGGUUUAACAUCCCAAAUUAUCUGACAAUCCACUCGAACCAAGUCUUUUCGGUAAUUACCCACCCAGCCUCUGUGUUCUGCACCGUAAUGCUGACGGGUUUACCAGAGGGAAACUACAAACACGAAGACGUCGCCAAGCUGGUGUGGCCUUAUUUCCCCAAGCAGAACCUCCAGACUCUCUGUUACAACAUCGUGGUCCUCCCUCUGCAGAGGAGGGCCUUUGUGUUUUUCUGUGACUGGGAGGCGUUCAGCAAUUUUAUCCUGAAUAUUCGCCAAGAGCCGUUUUAUGUGAAGAAGUCACCUGUGUUCAUCCACUUGGUCACUCAGGGUAUUCGACCUGGAAACACUGAGGAAAUGAUGUACAGAAUGAUGAUGAAAUGGAGCAAUGCGCAUGUUGCAGAUCCGGGUUCCCUGGAGGAGCGGCUGCUGUGUGUGGAGAUCACAGAACUACAGCUGUGCCUCAUCCAGGAUGUAAUGAAGGAAGUGGCUUCCAUCGCAAACUUUGUCAACUUCCUGCUGCUCGGUAACCGGAUUUGCAUUGAGAUGCUUGACUCCAUCGGCGUGAAGAAGGUGGUGGAAGAAAUGGCCUCCAGAAAGGAGUUAUCAACACACAGGAUCUGGAGCAGAGUUGGACAUGUUGAGUCCUCGAAGGACUUCAGAAAGCGUGUGCAGUGCUGUGAGAAGACGAUCUGCGACCUUCGUCGUUGCUCUAAGGCGUCUGAAAAAACAACUUCAUCAGUUUCCAAACCUGGAGCAAAAGUUCCUGUGAGUGUACAGCAAACUCAGACAGAUGCUCCUCCAGCAGCCGUCAGCGUCGUUUCCCCAACACUGACUGUAGCGUCCAAACAGCAGCCAGCUGCUUCUUCCUCCUCUUCCUCCUCUUCCUCAGCUACGGAUCACUCCCUGACCGUCGGAGAGAGGCUGGAAGAUCUGCUGCUGCCACAAAAAAUUAAUUGCCUUGAUAGAAAUGCCAUCAAAUCACCAAAAUUUCAGUUUAGUUCAGUUUACACAAGGCUGCUGUUGAUAACAAACCUGCCAAUGUAUCACGACGGCUGCUACACUGAGAGCGACAUCACAGAUCUGCUCGGAUUUCAAUACGAGGCAAAAAACAUCUAUGUGAUUCCUCAAGCAUGCAUGGCUUUUGUGCUCAUGCCCAAUCAUCGAGCUGCGCAAGAAGCUACCCAAAAAGAAUCCUUGACUCUAAACGGACAGAAACUCUGCAUUCAAUUUGUCGUCAGCAAGAUUUUUAUGGCUCCAUUUGAAUUUUAUAAAUCUCUGAUGAACCUGGUCGGAUUUCCAGUCACUGAUGAUGGAACCAGAACCAUCUACAUCGAGAACAUCUCACCGAGCGAGGCCCGGGACUUCAGGGAGACGCUGCGAAAAAUCAGACAUGUUACAAACUACCUUCCUCUGCUCAACAGGGUGUUUAUAGAGUUUAAGUCUGGCCGCGAUGCUGAUCGGGUCGGAGUUUGGUACAGCCUCCUGAAACGCUGCCCUGCUCAUAAAGUCUACAGAAUGAAACUGCCCCGAAGCACCAGCACAUCUCUGCCUCCCAAGAUGGCUCCAAACGCGUUGCCAGACGGCAACAUCGUCAGCGGGGUGGUUGUCCCGGCAACAAACUGUGGUGUUCCGCAGGGCAGCUCACCACCAUUUUCAGUUACCUUGACAACUGCUCCUUAUGUCUUCCCGACCGAGUCUCCUUGGUUCAUCAUCCCAAAUUUUACCACAAUCACAACCAAGAAGAACUUGUGGACACCUGCCAAUAACGGCCCCGGGGCCUCCGUCAUCAUGCUGACAGGUUUACCUGAAGGAAACUACAAACACGAAGACGUCGCCAAGCUGGUGUGGAGUUAUUUCCCCAAGCAGAACCUUCAGACUCUCUACUACAACAUCUUGGUCCUCCCUCUGCAGAGGAGGGCUUUUGUUUUCUUCACCGACUGGAUGUUAUGCUGCAGUUUUGUUGAAGAUUUCUUCAAACGUCCGGCUUCCAUCAAAGACUCCAAGCUGUUUAUCCACCAGGUUUUACAGGAAAUGCUUUCUGGUCACACUGAGGGGGUCAUGUACAGAAAUAUGAUGAAAUGGAGCAACGCCCACGUUCCGGAGCUCGAGGGUCUGGAGGAGCGGCUGGUCGUCGUGGUGAUGGCCAACAUUUCUGUGUACCUCAUCAUCCGUGUCUUGAAGAAGGUGGCGUCCAUCGCUCCAAUCAUCAGCUUUCUGCCGCUCGCCAACAGGAUUUGCAUUGAGAUGGUAGAUUCAAGCAGCGUCACAAAAGUGUUGGAGUAUACCGAUAAAGAUUGGCCAAACGUCCAAAGCCUUGAAUCAGUGAAGAGCCUAAAGCAGCGUCUCGACGAAUCCGCUAAGAUCACAGUAAACCUGAACCUGGACGGCGAAGCACAACUUCCUAUUGCUGCUGCUUCUGCUGAAAAGACACAGCCUGGAGUCCGAGGACAUGUCGGAUAUUCUGCAAAAAUGUCAGACAUUUUCUCAGCAGACAAAGAAAAUGUAUCGUCAGAAACAAAAACACCUCAAGCCUGUAAGGAAAUUGUGCCUAAAACAGAAGCUGAUAUGGAAGAAAAGGCAGAAAAAGCUGAGGCAGAGAACAAAAACGUAGCCUCCAUAUGUACUGUAUCAGAAAAACAAGCUGGUAUUUUUGAAAAGGUUCAAGAAUCUGCAGAAAAGACGACGGAAACGAGAAGUGAAACAGUGACUGAAAAGAAGGAAGAGGCAGAAGCAGUUAAAGACGUCCAGCCACAAGUUAGCGAAGAUGCUAAACCAGCAGAGCUGAAGGAGCUGGAACAAACAGAGGAAACCGAGGUCAAAGGUUCUGGUGAAGCCAAAGAAGAAGUGAAACCAGCAUUUAAGGACCAGAAAGUUUCCGCUGUGACAACUGAAGUUCCUGCAUCUGACAAAACUGCUUCCACAUAUUCAUCUGAUUUAACUCCUGGAGAAACGAUUGAAAAUUCCCUGAACAUGACAACAAUUUUCGACUGGGUCUCUGUGUGCAUCUCUCCUUCAACAUUGCUUUCACUCGAUGCGACUCUGGUCAUCCAAAACCUGCCAGAGUUUGGUGACAGCUGCUACACAGAAGCUGAAGUCCUCGCUCUGCUCCAGACGUUUGGUAUUCAGCGUGACGAUGACAAAAUUUUCAUCCUUCCUUUGUCUCAAAUAGCAUUUGUUGUUCUUCCAAAUAUAGAGGCAGUGCAAAAACUGAUGUCCUCGGAGGAGGACAUCCUCUUCAAAGGGUCCAAGCUCAAAUUCGGUGUCAUAAAACGCAAAGAACCCUCGAAUUUAUUUGGCAUUUAUAAAUUCUUGAUGAGUUUCACCAAAUCUCAGCAUCUACAGAAUUACUGCAGUCGGACAGAAGUCGUUUACAUCCAGAACAUCUCAGUAAAUGAAGCCAAAGAUCUCAGAGAAGAGUUGCAAGAGACUGAGAGUGUUAUAAACUACCUGCCGCUGCUCAACAAGGUUUUUGUUGAAUUUCAAACUUUUCUUGACGCUGAUCGGAUCGGAGUUUGGCACAGCUUCCUGAAGGAUCGGCGCUCGUACAAAAUAUACAGGCUGGGGCUACCAGUGACAACCUACAAAUCAAAGCCACCAAGACAUCCAGGACUGGCUUUGCCGAACAGGAGCCUUUGUGUGGCGAAUGCAGCCAUCCCAAAACCAAACGCGGCCAUCCCAAUUGGUUCCAGGGCACCAUUUUGGGUUACCAUGACAACUAGACCUUUUUUGUUCCCUACUGCAUCUCCUUGGUUCAACAUCCCAGCUUAUUUGAAAAGGUCUUCAAUAAAAAACAUGAAGAAAUGUUUGUCGAAACAUUUCAUGGAACCAAAAAUCAUGGUGACGGGUUUGUCAAAUGAAACCUACACACACAAGGACGUAGCGGCGCUGGUGUGGAAAUAUUUUCAUGUGCAGAAUCUUCACACACUCUACUACAAUGUAAUGGUUUUACCGCUACAGAAGAGGGCGUUCGUGUGCUUUCAGAGCUGGCGUGCUUGCUUCACCUUUUUUGCAGAUUACUUCACAAAGCCACAUACCUUCAAAGGCUCCACUAUCUACGCCUAUUUGGUGCGGACUAAUUUCCCCUUUCCAGAUGACGAGGUGACCUUGUACAAAACUCUGAUGAAAUGGAGCAACACUCCUGUCCCAAAACCAGAGGGCUUGGAGGAGCGGCUGCUCUGCAUCGAGGUUUCAGCGUUUGACAAGCAUAUCGUCAUGAUGGUCAUGGAUGAGGUGGCGAACAUCGCUACGUUUACCAACUUCCUGCCGCUUGCUGACCGGAUUUAUAUUGAGAUGACAACAUCCAGCGGAGUAUCAAAGGUAGUGGAGAACAUGCUGCUACCAAAAUUGUGUGAAAAAUGUGACUAUUGGAAGCAAGUUGGACCCAUUGAACCUGUAAAGAGCAGAAAACUUCGCCUUCUGGGUUACCCAGAUAUCCCAGUAGAUUUGGAACUGGACCCAGAUGGAAACCACACCGAUCCCAGUGCUGUGAAAAGUCCAGAACCGCCUCUUGAUAACAAGGCAACAAGCCCAGAUUCUGCUGAGCCCGUUCCCUCUGCUGAACCCACAGCAGGAUCAGGUGAUGCAGAGACUCAUGAGAAACGUGAAGCUGAGAAAACGGCCGACUCCACAUCAGCUGUGUCUGACAUGGAGACAGCAGAUGGAAAAGAAGCAGAUUCAACAAGCUGCUCUGCGCCGGAAACCGCAAGUCUGGUCCAGUCAAAGGACGAAAACGGAGAGUUUCCUAGAAUGGAUAUGAACAGUUUCAAUGCGAUUAAAUCUCUGGUUCUUCAGUUCAAACUCCAACAAAGAAGCUCCACACAAAGACAACAGAGUCCCGAAAAGAGAACUGAGGAGCAGAGCGCAGACGAGACGCCUUCCGCCAAAAACAAGCGCUCACCGUCUUCAUCACCUUCACCCAAAUCUAAAAAAAUUAGACUCUCACCCGAACCCUCUUCUUAUUCAGAUUCAGAGACUCAGGGAGUUCUUUCAUCAUCUUCAGGUGUCAGGGUGUCACAGGAAAACGAGAGUGAAAUGGUCAAAUCUGACCGCAAGGAGGGAAAAGCAGAACCAGAGACCUCACCAGAUGGAGAGAACUUGGACUUAACCAACCAAAGCCAGAGUCCAGAGGCAGAUUCUGCAAAUAAAACACUCGGAGAGAUUACCAGAAAGAAGACACAAAAAGACAAAAAUGGCAAAAGCAUAGAGGACAGGGUAGAUGAAAGUUAUGAAGAAACAAAUAAAGAAUCUGAGAUUAGCCAUGAUGUAGAUCAGGAAGGCAUUGAGGGCAAAGAGAUGAACGCAGCUAUUUGUGAUAAGGAGAGAGCCACUGAUGACCUUGAAGCUUCUGAGAAAGACAAACAUCAGCAGGUUGAAGAUGCAGGUUUGACUGUAAAACCAAACAAGGAAACCAGCAUUUCUGUGUCUGAAGAGGGAGAAAAUUCACCAGGUAAACAAUCUGAGACUCAAACAAAGGACAGCAGUGGAGAAGCAGAGGCGGGGAAAGAAGAUAAAGACUCUGGCGAAAUGGUUGAGGAUCAAUCUGUUACUAAAACCUCAGCUAGAAGAUCAACUAAAUGUUUAAAACAAGAUAAAGUAGACGCUAAUGAACCAACUAUCACAACAAGAUCUACCAGAGGAAAGAAAAUAACUCCAGAUGAAGGAAAAGAAGACAAAACUCAAACAAGAAGAAGGAACGAUGCCCAAGAUUCACAGGAAAAAAACAAAAAUGAAGAAAUGUCUUCUGGAGAUGUUUCACCAGUAACCUGUGAGCAGGAACCAUCAUCAGAAAUCUCAGACAGCGUCACAGAGACUGAAGACCAGGAACAAGAAGCCACAACCACCAGGAGGCGCAAUCGAGCCAAGAACACUGCGGGGAUGACUCCUGUGAGGAAAUCCACCAGAGGGGGGAAGUCUGAAUCUCCUGGUGAGCAGAAUCCGAAAGAAUGUGAAAAGGACGCUAAAGUCCCUAGCAAACGGAAGAUGGAGAUUUCCGGACCUGAAUCAAAGAAAUCUUGUGUCGACACAAACGUCAAACUUCCUCCGUUCAAUCCUAAUGAACCUUUAGGAAAGGAGUUUGUGAGCCGUAAGUGGGGGUAUUUCUGUAACCUGUGUUGUGUUUCCUACCUGAAGGACGACCAGCACUGCAAAACCCAAACCCACUACGACAACCUGCAGAGAUAUUACCAGACGCGGGGGAAGCUAAAGCCUUCAAAAAUGCUGAACCAAAGUUGAGGGACAUCUUCCUGUUUGACCAGCUUGUUGGUUUUUGAUGAAGAAUGUGAAGCUGUUACUGAUGAUGCAGUUAUUACUUGAACAUACAUUCUAUUUACAUUUCUCUGAUUUUUCCUGAAACAUCACUUUUUUGUAUUUUUAAUGAUUGUCAGUUAAUCUAAGCAGUAAUUUUCAAAUUGGUUAAGUGUAGCUAACGGAAGCAUUUUUUUGUAUAAUCAAUUUGUCACAAUGUGAAGUAAUUUUGAAGCAUUGCUCUGGAUUAUCUAAAUGUUAUUUUGAGGUAAAAUUACUUUUCUGACACAAUUGCCAUUUUUGUAAGAAAAUUAUAAUGCCUCUAGGG